ACGCCAAAGGACACAUUGCCUUUCUCUGUUCCACAACAAAGGAACACAAUCACAAUGGAUUACGGUUACUCAACAACAUCAUAUGGCGCUCAAGGUGGCAAUGAGGAUGGAGGCUUCAUGGCCGGCAGCCAGGACAGCCCCAGCGCAAAGAGAUCAUACGGCAAGGAAACGCUACGCCCCGUCACUAUCAAGCAACUGCUCGAAGCCGAACAGCCCGACAGCGAAAACUUCGCCAUCGAUGGCUCCGAACUCACCACAAUCUCCUUCGUCGGCCAGAUCCGCAACAUCAGCAAGCAGACCACAAACAUCACCUACAAGCUAGAUGAUGGCACCGGCACCAUCGAAGUAAAGGUCUGGAUCGAUAUGGAGACGGCACAGAACGAAGAUGAAAACGGCAGCAAGGGUGGUUUGGUCGAGAACUCAUACGCCCGUGUCUGGGGCAAGCUCAAGACUUUCGGCAAGCGUCACGUCGUUGCUCAACAGAUCCGUCCUCUUACCGACCUGAACGAGGUCAACUACCACAUGUUGGAAGCCACCUACGUCCACCUGUUCUUUACACGCGGCCCUCUCGGAGCACAACAGCAAGGUCAGCAGGGCCAGGGUGCAGCCAACGGCGGCCAUUCAAGCGGCGGAGGUGGCACCCUUCCCGCCGGUGUGUCAAGCCACGCCAGAAAGGUCUUCCAGUGCAUGCAAAAUACUCCUCAAAUCAACGAGGGUCUUCACAUGCAAGACAUCGCCAGCCGAACUGGUAUGGACGUCGCCGACGUGCUCAAGGGUGCCGACGAGCUCCAAGCCAUGGGAAAAAUCUACCCUACAGUCGACGACCAGACCUGGUGUUUGCUCGAGAUGUAGAAUAAGCAUUACUUGGAACACGACCGGGAAGUAUCUGCCUUGUGGGAAAGAUUUGCAGGCGACCAGUUUUACUUGUUUCUUCACAGCAGCGUGGUGCGCAGAAACCAUGAGUCGGCAACCACCAGACAUUUUAUUAAACGACUUCAGCCUCAUCUUUCCGAACUCGCACGCAGAAGACGCAGAUAUUAGCAGAUAUUAGCGUGUUCGCCCCGACCUGGCAUUGGUCGAUAAGAAGAGUACGCAAGCGGCUACUAUUGCCGUUGCAACAACUGUAAAAACC